UACUUUUGCAAGUUAUAUAUAAAGCAGACUUCAGGUGUAACUGUCUUAUUUCAAUCAUGGAGAGACACAUCAUACUUCUGUUUUUCUUCUUCAUAAUUUUGAUCUUGGUUCCAAAUGAUGUUCAAGGAAACAAAGUUUGUUUUCUAAAGCCUAAACAAGGACCUUGUUUAGCAUAUUUUCGGAGAUACUAUUACAAUUGGAAAAGGGCAAAAUGUGUAAAAUUUAUAUACGGUGGUUGUCAGGGAAACGGUAACAAUUUCCAUAGUAUUGCUGAAUGCAGGAGAAAUUGUCCAUUCCAGAAAGGAUAAAAGCGACCAACAAACGUCAAAUAAAAUAAAAUAAAAUAAUUGUUAAAAAUUA